AUGACAGACCGCAUCGGCAGUCUGCUGACGGUGAUCAUCACGAGUUCAGUAACGCCCUCUGCGCCCUCGACAGAGCUGCUGUCGAAAAUCCUCGAGUCGUUCCGCUGUCACUGUCCGGACUUGCUGACGUGCAGGGUGAUUGUUGUGCUGGACGGCUAUGACCAGGUUGUGCCUAAAGCGCGGCUCAAGAAAGGCCAGGUGACUGUGGAACAAGCCCGAGAUUUCGCCCUGUACAAGGAGAAGGUGAAGACGCUCGUCCGGGAGACGUACCUGGGAACAGAGAAGGAAGAAGAACCAGCAGUUCUAGUCGCAGAGGGGAGGGCAGAGUAUGGCAACCCGUAUAUUGCAGAUAAUGCGGUCGAGUACACGACCACCCAGACUCUCGACAAGAAGGUGACGUUCAUUGAAUCGGCCAGACGUCUGGGGUUCGGUCUGGCGGUCCGCACCGCAUUGAGAAUCACAGAAACCCCGUACGUCUGGGUCCAGCAGCACGAUUGGAGUCUGGUCUCGGAGUUCCCCAUCGAACCCGUUCUACAGAUCAUGGCGGCCUCCGAGUCCGACCCCUUGGUUCCAGUCAGAUACGUCUGUCUGCCUGCCGUCCGGAUGCUCUCGUACGCCGUCUCGGCCGACGUGACGGGUUUUCCACUUCUCCGGGCGUUGACGGCUUCGCUCAAACGCGACUUCAGCCCGCCAUCCCAGCCGGGCGUGAAAGUGCCGCUCACGCCGCUGUUUUUCUGGCACGACAAGCCACAUCUCGCUUCGACGGCGCACUAUCUCGCUCGUGUGUUUCCCUCGCGCUUUGCCAUGCUGCGAGGCGACUUUAUCGAGGACAAGAUCGGUCAACGGGCCAGAGCACAAAUGAAAGAGGGGCUCUGGGCCAAGUGGGCGACUUGGCUAUACUAUCCAGAUGAGGGAAAGCAGCUCUGCUUGAGACAUCUGCAAGGCAGAACCUGGCAAGGCACCGAACGCGAGGCCGAGAAGGCUGCCUUCUGGAGACAGUACCAGGGUAUGAAGUCUGAAGACAGCGAGACUCGGUGA